AUGUCGACUGCCACAAAAGCAACUGAAAGGAGAAGUCUUCAUGUAAAGGCAAUUCUUGGACCUGAGUUAUAUGCUCGUCUUUCCACGACGAAGGUCCUUCUCGUUGGCGCCGGAGGGAUUGGCUGUGAGUUGCUCAAGAAUAUCGUUCUGACUGGUUUCGGGGACAUUACGCUACUGGACCUGGACACAAUUGAUCUUUCGAACCUCAAUCGUCAAUUUCUAUUCAAGAAAAAGGAUGUGAAACAGAGCAAGGCGCUAGUGGCCGCGAAGACGGCGUCCGCAUUCAAUCCUAACGUACGCAUCACACCUAUCCAUGCCAACAUCAAGGAAGCGCAAUUCGACGUCGCAUGGUUCAGACAAUACGACAUCAUAUUGAAUGCUCUCGAUAAUUUAGACGCCCGUCGACAUGUGAACAAAAUGUGCAUGGCCGCAAACGUUCCAUUAGUGGAAUCUGGGACCGCUGGAUACUUGGGCCAAGUGCAGCCCAUUCUCAAGGAUCGAGCAGAGUGCUUCGACUGUGUUCCCAAACCAACUGCGAAAACUUUCCCUGUUUGUACCAUCCGUUCCACGCCUUCACAGCCAAUACAUUGCAUCGUAUGGGCGAAAAGUUAUCUCAUACCCCAAUUGUUUGGGGAAGACGAGGACGGCGGAGAGUUGGACGAAGCGGAGAAACAAGGAGAGAACGCACAAGAGAUUGCAACAUUACGGAAGGAAGCCCAAGCGUUCAAAGUCGUUCGGGCAGCAUUGCGUGCACCGUCCGACACUGCUGGCUCGAAUGCCGCCAAAAUGGUGUUCCAGAAGAUUUUUCACUCGGAUAUUCUCAACCUUCUCUCCAUGGCAGAUAUGUGGCGCUCCCGCGCUCCACCUACUCCGCUCGAUUUUGAGGAUGUCAAGACCGGUACCUUUGUCCUGAACAAGACAAGUUCAAACUCAAAUUCGGUCGGCGGAGCUUGUACAACAACAGGUUCUUCAUCUACCAAGGAUGCAAAGAUAAACGGUGCCAAUGGCGGUGCCAGUGGUGAGAAAACACUAAGUGGCAUCAACGGUAUGACACCUGCUGCUUCGGGGUCCACCACGAAUGGCGGGUUGAAGGAUCAGCGUGCGCUAUCGCUGCAAGAUAAUCUCGAGCUCUUCGUGUCCAGUACGAACCGUCUGGCGUCGCGUUUGCGAGCGAGCGAGGACACGAUAUCCUUCGAUAAGGACGAUGAUGACACUUUGGACUUCGUGACUGCCGCGGCUAACCUCCGUUCGGUGGCAUAUGGCAUCGCUGGUCAAAGUCGAUGGGAAGUGAAAGAAAUGGCUGGAAACAUUAUUCCUGCAAUCGCGACCACGAAUGCGAUCAUCGCCGGUCUCAUUGUCUUGCAGGCCCUACAUCUACUCCGAAAGGCAUAUAACUCGUUGCGCAACGUGCACGUCCAGUUCAAGCCGAGCAUGCCCCUCAGCGCUAUCACCAUGUGUCCGCCGAACCCGGACUGCGGUGUCUGCAGGGAUGCCUACACGGAGAUUCUGUGCGAACCCGCGCUGGCGACGCUUGGGGAUGUCGUCGACGGCAUCCUCGGAGGAGGGCACGGCGACGGCACCGGGAAGCGGGACGUCAGCGUGUAUGAGGAGAAGCGUGUGCUGAGCGACCCGGAUUGGGAUGAUAAUAACGGGCGGACGCUCGAGAGCCUGAAUGUUACGAGAGGGAAGUUCCUCUCCAUUGUCGACGAAGAUGGUAUUUAUGGGACGAUCCAGGUUGCGGUGGGCGUUUUGCCUCCCAAUCAUCCAAUCGAUGGCUCGGCUAUCAUUUUCCCUGUACCGUUGCCAAUACCUCCAAAGAAGGCCAAGUCACCGUCCUCUUUGAAGAGGCCAGCUUCCGACGACGAUAACGUUGAACCAUCGGCGAAGCGCGUCAAGACGAACGGUAGUGCACCCACUUUCUCUCCCAGCAAGAAGAAGAGGCUAGAGGAGGACGGACUUAUCCUCGUUGACGACGCCAAUCAACAACUGGACGACGAUGAUGUCAUCGAGAUCGACUAG